AUGAACUACUUCCCAAUCAACUUGGAAGGAGGUCUUGCUGUUGAUUCAUGGCACUUUAUACUCAUGGAGUUUCUGGGACUAUCUAAAAAGUCUAUCAUGCUUGAAAAGGCACUGGCAGCGGUGUCUUGCAUUUAUCUGGGUAAGAUAACUAAUAAUGACUCGGUCUUACGCCAUGGCGUCACACUGUACAACCAGGCGAUUCGAAUUCUCGCAAACAUGCUGCGUCGAGGUUUGGUGACUGAUGAUGUCUUGUACACUACUGUUGUCUUUCAAGUCCUUGAGGUAUAG